AUGGCCGCAGGCAACUACCGGUGCAACUGGACCCUGAGGCUCGAACCAGGUCAGUCGGUGCUUCCCGGGUCGCUACUCUUCGCGGCGGGGCUGCUGGGCAACGUGUUGGCGCUGUGGCUGCUGUGGCAGCACCACCUGAAAGCGAAGCUGCAGCGCGGCCAGGGGCGCCCGAGGGCGUCCGCCUUCUACCUGCUGGUGAGCACCCUGGCCGCCACCGACCUGCUGGGCAAGUGUUCGCUCAGCCCGAUCGUGCUGGCCGCCUAUGCGCACAACCGCAGCCUCGUCGACCUGUGGCCGCCCUCCGCAGCCAGCGAAGCCAGCCCGAGCCAGCCCGAGGAGGAAGAGAUCCGCUCCCCCGGCAGUCUGUGCCAACUCUUCGCUUUCCUCAUGGCUUUCUUCGGCUUGGCGUCCACCGUCCUGCUGCUGGCCAUGGCCCUGGAGUGCUGGCUCUCGCUCGGCCAGCCUUACUUCUACGAACACCACACCAGCCGGCGUUGGGGCGGGCUGCUCACCGGCGCGGCGGCCGUUCUCUGCGCUCUCUUCUGCGCCCUGCCGCUCCUGGGCUUCGGCAGCAACGUCCAAUACUGUCCGGGCACGUGGUGCUUCAUUCGCAUGGCCGGCGUUGGACGGCUCUAUUCCGUGCUCUACGCUACCCUGCUGGGCUUGCUGGUGCUGGCCGUCGGCCUGUGCAAUCUGGGCAGCAUGAGGAGCCUCUACGGGAUGGCGCGCCGCCAGCCCCCGCGCAGGACCCACCCGGUCGACCUGCAGGACGCAGCCGCGCCUUCCAGGCUCCCUUCCUCCGGGCGCACCGAGGAGCUAGGCCAGUUGGUCCUGCUGGCGCUCAUGACCGCCCUUUUCACCAUCUGCUCCCUGCCGCUGAUCGUAAGUAGCUCUUUGGAGGACGAGGAGGAGGGGGAGAACUAA